AUGCAGUCAGUAGACCCAAUAAUCGUAACCCAACUACGCGCAUUUAACUCAUCUUCAGGACGAAAAAUUAGCUUGAACUCGAAAAUAAAGAACUGUUUUUAUAACCCAAAAAACUCUAUGAUAGCGCCACCAAAGAAGGAGUACUUAAGAUGUCGUGUGAUUCGUGGACACAAGCGAGCUAUAAGACAAAUUAUUAUUAUUUUAUUUAAAAGAAGACCUUGGUAUUAUACAAAUGUAGACUAUUUAAAUGGAAAAUAAAUCAGCUUAAUUUUUCACAGAUUUUUAUCCAGUAGGAAAUAUCAUAAAAAGAGUGCUAUACCAAUCAGGACCUUAAAUGCUUUUGACCCAGAAAAUCCCACAGCACUUAGAAUCUGAAGAAUCCUCUCAGACGUUUACAUAAAACAUGAAGAAGAGCUCUCAAAAUUCAGCCAAACAGAAAGUGGUCCCAAAACAGAUGGGAAGUCCAAGCGUCAAGGGAAAGUUGAAAACCUCGCCAAAAGCUUUAAUUACGAAUUCUGCAGAGAUUAUUUUACUCCUCUAGGAGUAAGAGAAUCAUUUUAUUAUUAUGUUGAGCUCUUAUUUGUUGACUUAAACCCUAAAAGCCUCUGUGAAAAAUUUGACUUCAACUGCUGCAAAAGCCCGCACUCCCAUGAGUGCCUUGAAAAAUGGCUUUUAAUGAAAAAAUACAUCAGCCAAUAUAUGAUUCAGGAGCUAGGUCUUGAACCGUUUAUGCCAGCUUCGCCUGAAGGGUUUCACUUGCCAAGCCUAUUUAAUUCGAGCUUGGAUCAGCCACCAGAAAUAUCCACCUAUCAUAGAAGGCUGAGGUCAAGUUCAAGCUCUACUCUUGAUAGUAAUUCUGCUACUAAAACAAGUCUUUCGUCAGGGGAUUUGCAGAAUAAUUGUAAGGGUGGAUCGAGAGAUAAAUAA